AAAGGCCUUCAAAUUGUAAAAACUAAAUAAAAAGGUUUAUGUUAUAUCUGAGUAGCCUAGGGCUAAAUAAUACCCAAGUAUUUGCAACUUUUUUAAAUGCACCCAAAUGAUGGGCUACCUGUGGCUUACCUGGGCAUUUAAAUUGGGUCCGCCCCCUUGUGCUGCAGCAAGGGUGACGUUUGAAUUUUAGAUCGCUCUCUCCCGUAAGAUAAUAUUUGUCCCUAGAGCGUUGUUUUGUUAAGGCUUAACAUUGGCCGACGCUUACUUUAACAACGUACUUUUUGAAAGUACGCUGCCCUCAUGGACAUGGAAUCAAAUGGGAAGGGUACGUCUCUUCCCAACGACGGAGUGGAUUCAUAUGGGUUCUCAAUACCUCAGGCCUGGGAAUCCUACGAAGAGGCCAUGAAUGAGUAUGGAGUGGUUCUCAACAGAAGAUCCAUGAAAUGGUCCAAACUUCUUCAGGGGAAAGCUCCCAUUGAGAAAAAUCAGACAGUGAAAAGGUAUGUGCGUAAAGGCAUACCCAAUGAGCAUCGGAGUACGAUCUGGAUGGUGUCCAGUGGGGCCCAAGAACAGCUUCAGUCCCACCCAGGUUUCUACCAAUCUCUGCUGGCCAUGGAGCACGACCCCAAGCUGGAAGAGGUCAUCCAUAUUGACAUGCACAGGACAUUCCCUGACAACGUCCUCUUCCAGAGCUCCGCAGAGCCCAGCCAGAGGACGGCGCUGUACAAUGUGCUGCUGGCCUACGGACACCACAACAAGGCGGUUGGUUACUGUCAGGGCAUGAACUUCAUCGCGGGUUACCUCCUCAUCAUCACUAAGGACGAAGAGAAAUCAUUCUGGUUGAUGGACGCAUUGAUAGGCAGAAUAUUGCCAGUCCUCCUAUUCCCAUACACACACAGCGGUGAAAUAAUCACAUUAAGGCGUGUUGUAGACUACUACAGCCCAGCCAUGCUGGGGCUGAAGACCGACCAGGAGGUGCUGGGGGAUCUGGUGAAGGCCAAAGCCCCUGCAGUGGGCCAGCUGAUGACCCAGUUCCCCGGCAUAUGGACCCUGGUGGUGUCGCGGUGGUUCAUCUGCCUCUACAUCGACGUGCUUCCUGUAGAGACGGUUCUGCGGAUAUGGGACUGUCUUUUCUAUGAGGGUUCCAAAGUGCUUUUCCGCGUGGCCUUGACCCUCAUCAGACACAACCAGCCAGAGAUCCUGAUGGCUCGCUCUCUCAUGGACGUGUGUGAGUGCUUCAAAAGCAUCACCAAGGGACCCUUCACCCAGGACUGCCACCACUUUAUGCAGAAAAUCUUUGCUGAGCCAGGAAGUCUGUCUAUGGCAACCAUUACCAAGAUGAGGGAAUCGUGUCGACAACGCAUCAUCAUGGAGGAGACCAGAUAACCAAGAGGACCUGGAUUCCAUACCAUGCUAGCCCUCUCCAAUCACCUGUAACUAUCACACCACAGUCACUAUGGCAAAUUAUAUACAAGUCUUCCUAAGAAAUCCCACUGUAGCACUUUCUUAUUGCAAUGUAAUCCAUAUUAGAACUUGAAUCCGUAUUCCUGGUCCUUAAAUUCAAUUUAAUUCCAACAUGUGGAAACCUAUACCCUUUGGUUUGGACCCUUUCAAGUAGCAUGUAUAAGACUGACAAAAUGCAGAUGUCUCUCUAUGCCUAGUAAAAGUAAUUUAAAUAUGGCGUUUGGUGUUAGGCGUAAACACAUUAAUGGUAGGCAUGGUCAACAUGCCCACCCGUUGCUAGUUCGGUGGGAGCCCCAGCAGGGUCAAUCAGUCAAUGUCGGAGUACAGACGGUCUUGAGACGAACAAAUACAGGCAUGCUUGGAAUUGCAUCCCUUUCUAAAAACGUAUUUUUGAAUGACUAUUUUUGGAAGAUCCUUUUCUGUGUGCAUUUGACCAGUCCAACUUUACUUCCUUGUUUCUGGUUAAUCAUGAAUUGAUUUGUUGUUACCUUUUGAAAUGCUUUCAAACUACUAUUCUAUUCAAAUAGUAGAAAAACUUUUCUGAAGUUCACAUACACGUAAGUUGGGUCUCGGAUGUGUGUAAUGUGUUCCACACGCAUUACAUUUGCAUCCCUGCCAGGGAUGUUGUAGUGUGCCGCUCUCUCUGUAAACUAGUGCAGGCUGGCACACCUACGCAGGAGGAAAUCCCACACAGUCUACAGUAUCUACGGCUACAAAAACACCAGGAAGAUGCAUAGUAUUUAUGAUACAAAUCACUUUUCAAAACUCUGUACAAUUGUGAAUGUAAUAAAUUGUACAUGAGGCAAAACCAUAGUACAACAUUUCCUUGUUUUGUCUCUUUAAUUACGCUCUUCAAAAAAAGAAAAAAAUCAAACAUUCCAAAUUUAAAACCAUAUUAAAUCGCUACAUGGAUACACUUCUAGAUGAAGAAAUAUUACUUUUUGUACUUUCCCCUCUCACGUCAAACCAUGCAUCAUUGAGGAGAAUAAUGAAAGUACAGUUUGGCCACUUUAUGAUUAAGACAACAAAGGAAAUGUCUCAAAUGGCAGCGAGCACUGCUUCCAGUUGGGUGAGUACCUUGUGAAUUGGCAUUAACCACUAGUUAUAUAUCCUACUCAUGUCAUGGGCGGGAAGGCACUGAAUAAAAACUGAAAUUAUGUUUUGGCCUUUUUUCUUCUUUUAAAGACAAGUUCACCACUGGAUGUCCUUGGUGCAUUUCCCUUUGCCAUAUGCAACAUGGACAAACUAUGUAGGUCUUCCCUGGUACCGAACGUCCGGGCUCCGACCGAGAGAAACAUCCUCCAUAUAACACGUCAGAACCUCUUGGUAACAGUCACUACGUUACCAAGCAAUCCUGAGAAUCCAUUCAAUUCCGCCAUCACAAAAUCGGUCAACUUCCACGACGAC